AUGUUGAUGGUGUGGAUCCCCCGACCACCUGCGGAUGUGUUUUCCCAGGAAAUCAUCGAGACAGUGAAUGUCUUGGUGAAUGACGGAUCAAGUGUAGGCGCUUAUACACUUGAUCUGGUUACACCUCCGAAGUCAUCUUCGGAGGUAGUCAAGUUGCCAACGCUAGAAUCUAAAAGAUUCUUGCGAGAUCUGCGUAGUGACAAGAUCAAGCAGAUCCGCGUACUCGUCACAGAGGGCGAGCACGUCGCCGAUAUUUGGUCGGCACAAGUGUUUGCUGAGAGCGAACGGGUUCUCAGUAGCUCAUCGAUGGACGAGAGUGUCCUAGAUGAGAAGACCCGGAUUGAGCGAUACACGUCUCAAUUUUGGGAGUCUUAG